AUGGGUCUUCUCAGCCUUCUUCGGCGACUCAAAAAGUCAGGCGGCGAGGCCCGCAUCCUCAUCCUCGGCCUCGAUAACGCGGGGAAGACGACCAUCUUGAGGAAACUCUCCGAGGAGGACAUCACGACGACGACGCCGACGCAGGGGUUCAACAUCAAGUCCAUCCUACACAACGGCUUCAAGCUCAACGUGUGGGACAUCGGCGGACAGAAGACGAUCCGACCGUACUGGCGGAACUACUACGAGAACACGGAGGCGCUGAUCUACGUCGUGGACGCCGCGGACCGUAAGCGCGUCGACGAGGCUGGGUUCGAGCUCGCGGAGAUUUUAGGCGAGGACAAGCUCGCGACGGUGCCGCUGCUCGUGUUCGCGAACAAGAGCGAUCUCAUCACGGCCCUGAGCGCGGACGACGUCGCGGAGAGCCUGUCGCUCUUUAACAUCAAAGAUCGGCCGUGGCAGAUCCAGGCGUGCAGCGCGAAGAAAGGGGACGGGCUAGAGGAGGGGUUGCAGUGGGUGGUGAAGCAGGUGAAGUGA